UUAUCUUGGUAAGGAAAAAUUGGUACAAAAAUGAGGAACAAUAUCUACCAUUAUGUAGAAUGGAUGCAUGGUUACUGUAUCUGUAUUUAGUAUUUUUGACUUGUUCGGAAUAAAAGCAGAAAUGAUUAAUUGGGAUGAAAAUAUGAAAAGCAACUUUGAGGGGAGUCUAAGUAUAGAAGUAAAUACUUCCAGUUUAUCAUUAUAUUCACCUACAAGAGCAUCGAAGAAUAACUUGAUUGUUCAAGUUGUUACAGGUUCUAUUAAUAGUCCUUUGAAAGAAUUAUGGCAACAAUUACUAUUAUUAAAUAAAUAUUUGAAUAUAUUGGACGAAUACAAAAAGAAUUCAAAUUCACGUUAUACUUCGGUUCCUUUGGAAUUCCCGGAGAAUUUUAUAAGUCCGUAUGCGAAGGAACAUGAUGCAGUAAUGAAAAAUUUAAAUCGGUUGUUGACUGAAGAUCACAUUUUUAUAAAUUCCGACAACAUCGAUCCGCGUAAGAUAAGUUUUGAAAGCGAAGAAAAUUUUGAAAACGGUAUAAGAAUUCAGCAGUAUAUACAGAAUCUUCCACAUAGGUACAGUUUAGAUUUUACUGAUUUUUUAUGGGAAUUACUCAUAAUGAAUUCAAAUUAUGUUGAAAUAACAAAAUGUAUUUAUUCGGUACUUGAAGAAAUUGUAAUAAAUGGCUCUUUAGUACAGCUAAAUUCUACAAACUCGACCAGAAUUGCUAAAAUUAUUGCCAAUCCACCUGAACAAAAAGUAAUUUCACACUUAUUAGCAGGUAGUUUACCGUUGGAAUAUAUUAUAGACAUGGGUUUUGAAAAAUUAUGGAAAGAUUACACGUAUAUUUUAAUAAAUGCAAGAUUUGAAGAGUUGCGCGAUAUUCAACAAAAAUUUAAGGACUUAUCAUGUAAUGAAUUUAUAGUUGAUAUCUAUCGGAAGAAAUUAAUAAUAAUGGUACAAAUCCAUGUAUGUUUAGAAUUCAUGUUACUUUUACAAGACAAUUUGGAAUGUCCAAGCGACGACCUACGAGUUUUAUUUUCUUGUGCUUUAAAACAAUAUUGUGAAGAAUCGCCGGUACAAAAUUGCCAUGAUUUGCAUGAAAAUUCAAUUUAUACUUUAACUGCCCCGUUACCCGUUUCAGCGAUUAAUAAUUUGAAUAACGAAAUACCCACUGUAAGAAGGAUUUCACUGUCAUCCGAAUCUCAGUUGUCCAAAUUAAAAACUACUACGUAUUACAGUCAGUUGCCCAUAUUUCCAACAAAUAUAUAUCCUGCAGACGACUCUAAUAUAACGGAUGAAGCAUACUAUGUUACCACAGCUAUUUGCUCGUCCAAUAAAUUUAAAUAAAGUGUUAACAGAACCAUUGAUAAAACGAGA